CUCCCGUGAAAGAAGAUUGUGCGUUAGAAACACUACAUCUUAGUUAUAAUGUGCGAUUCCUAACUCUUUGAAUCAAAAUGUAUAUCAAUCAAAGUUUUCCAUUUUAAGUUUUUUAAAGACACACGUACAUUUGUCAAAAACCGGGGUAGUCUUUUUCAGUCUUUUACCGACAUGGUACAAGAGAAAUCGAGUAUAGUUAGGGGAGGAACUAGUGUCACACUGGCGGAUUAGAGCAAUAAGUUUCCCUUCUCCCUUGUUAUGCUUUAGAUAUGGAAAAGAUUGCGUGUGCGUGUAAUUUCCAUGUAGCUGCUAUUCAUUUCUUCCUUUGGUAUGUGGCCUUAGUUUUGUGUCGGGUCGAAUUGACUCGGAUAUGGUUUCCCGUGUCAUACAGCGUAGCCUCCCUUAGCAGAAUAACUUCCGGUCUUAGGAGUUUACAGAGAUCAUCAUAAAUAUCUUAAACCGAACAAUGCCUUUACCGCCUGCAUUAUUAGCACGACUCGCAAAACGAGGCAUUGUUGCUGAACAGCAUCAGACAGCCACACCAAGACCAGAGGAAAUAGAGGAAGUGUUUGCUGAGGAUUAUGAUGACCCAACUAAGCUGGAUGGUGCUGAGCCGUCUCCAGCUAUCAAGAGACCUGUGGGAGGGACAGAUAACGUGGCCAUAGCACAAACAGAAGAUGACACAGCAUAUGUACAUGAGGCCACAGCUUGCCCCAACAAAGGCAAUCCAUACCAUGUCUGUGUCAAAUAUUGUAAAAACCGCUGGGGUAUGAAAAAGUUUUUACCUGAAGUGGACAUGACCAGGAGACGAGACAGGAUGUUAACAAAAUAUCCUUUACCAGAAGGCUGGCGGGAAGUGGCUGAUCCUGACUCGAACAGAUAUUACUACUGGAACAUACAGACUGACCAAGUCUGCUGGCUAUCACCUGGACAUCCAAAAGCUGUCAUUACAAUGUCAGCUGACAAAUUGAAUGCAGCUACAGGAAGGACAAGACUAUCAAGUCUUGAAGAUGAAUUUGAUGAUGAUGAUGAGACAGAAAACAUGGAUGAAAAAAUGGAUGCUGAGAGUGAUACGAGUGACAGUAUGAGUGACUUAGAUUCAGAAGACGAUAUUCAAGCACCAAGACGAGAUCGAGGUGCUGGGCGAAGCAGACCUGGGAGAGGAAAAGGCUUGCAUCCUAAUGCAGACAGACGAGGUCGAAAAAGAAAGGACGACCUGGAUCCUAUGGACCCGGCAGCCUAUUCGGAUAUUCCAAGGGGUUCUUGGACAGAUGGCCUUGACAUGAGAGGAAGUGCAAAGACAGGUGUAGAUGUCACAGCUUCAGGUCCUCUCUUUCAGCAGCGGCCCUAUCCUAGCCCUGGAGACAUUCUUCGUGCCAACCAGCAACUCAAGAAAAAGGCAGCUUAAGUUCCUUGUAUUCUGCUGAGCCAUCUUUGUUUAGUUUUUCCAGAGAAAGGCUGUUGCACAUUAUUUGGUUUGUCAAUAUAAAUAUCAUAUAAGAUUGUUCUUUGUGGCUCAGUAUUUUUAAAAACUGAAUACGCAUUUUUUUACAAUAAAAAAAGCUUUCACAGA